GUCCCUCCAGUCAAGUGGCCCAACGUUUCUACCGUAGUUUGGUUAACGGAUCCGUUUGUGGUUCUCCGUUCCUGGUCGGUGGUGUCAGUGGUUCCACCACGAGCGGUGCCAUGACCAAUAGCACUCAAUCAACGGCUGUCUCAGGCGGGACGAAUUCAAACGCAACCGUGUCCUCUUCUUCCGGCCCAGUCAAUUCUCUCCUAUCACCAACCAGCACAUUUUCCAAUCAGUACCAGACUGCACACCACUUGCGUGGCUUAAGUUUUACUCCUUUGGCUGUGGACUCAGAUCUGAGCAGUGCCAAUACAAACCCCUCUGUGGUUGAUAGUGUGAAUAGCGACCCGGUCGGGGUUUUACCCUCGUGUACAAGUUCAUCACCGAUCAAAACUUUGUGCACCACGGCCGAGAAU